GGAAACGGAAAUAGCCACCCGACAGAGAGACGGAUAGCCGGAUAGACGGAUAGACGGAAACGGAGGCCAUGAAACCCCCCACCAAGUCAGAGGUUAAGCGCCUUACAUAACCGCGGCGGUUCGAGAUUACCAGAAAAGCGGUUAGCAGCCCACAUGUGCCUUUCGAGUGCCUGCAGACCUCAUUGAAUCCUGACCAAGCAGUGCCUUAGCUAAGAUGUCGGGGAACUAUCAGCGCCAGAGCCUGGAGCUGCGCAGCCCGGACAACGGAUCCGUGGACGAUGCCGAUGGCCGGGUACGCAACUUGUUGGGCUCCACGGCCAGCCAGCGGCGGCGUCAGCAGCGCGUGGCCCAGCAGCGCCAGGACUCCUGGUUCCGGCACUCGAUGCCGCCAGCCAUUAACCGCGACUUUGAGUCGCUGGAACACCUCACACCCCGGGUCUCCGACGGGCUCGACGAGCAGCUGGCGGCCUCCGUGUCCCACAGCGUCCACAGCGGCGGAAGCGUUACCCUCUGCGGACGCGCCGAUCACUCCAGCAUCCACCUGAACAGUGCCAACAGCAACCUGGGCUUCAUCGACUCCGACACCCCGAACACGCCGGUGACCCCCGUCUCGGGCCUUCAGCCAGCACCUGCCUCGGUGUCCACAUCGGCGGCUGGGACUCUCUCCUCGCGACGCCGCUCCGGCUACCGCAAGGACUCCAAGGGCUCCAUCCUGUCGCGGCAGAGUGGCAGGAGUCGCGUUUCCGUUCUGGCCAACCGCGGACUGCGGAUGACCGCCUCAUUCCUGCGAAGGAAGCGCACCGAGUACGAAGAUGAUGAGGACUUUACCUCCUCGGCCGGCUACGACCCGGACGAUGGACAGAGACGUGUCAUAAACCUAAAUGCCCCGCAGUCCACUAAGUACUGCAAUAAUCGCAUAACGACGGCCAAAUAUAGUUUCAUUAGCUUUCUGCCCGCGUUCCUGUUCGAGCAGUUCCGGCGGUAUUCCAACUGCUUUUUCCUGCUAAUUGCCAUGUUGCAACAAAUUCCGGAUGUAUCGCCCACGGGACGCUACACCACCCUGGUGCCAUUGAUGUUCAUCCUGUCGGUGAGCGCCAUCAAGGAGAUAAUCGAGGAUAUUAAACGCCAUCGAGCGGAUAACGAAAUCAACCAUCGGACCAUUGAACGGCUGGACAGUGGCUCCUGGGUCACAGUGCGAUGGUCGGAGCUCACUGUGGGCGACAUCAUAAAAGUCACCAUCAACACAUUCUUUCCCGCCGAUCUGAUACUGCUCUCCUCCAGUGAACCGCAAGCCAUGUGCUUCAUAGAGACGGCCAAUCUGGAUGGUGAGACGAACCUGAAGAUCCGGCAGGGUUGUCCGGCCACCGCUGGCUUGCUGGAGACCAAGGACCUGCUGCGUCUGGAGGGCAAGGUGGAGUGCGAGCUACCCAAUCGCCAUUUGUACGAGUUCAAUGGAGUGCUCAAGGAAACAGGAAAGCCGGUCGUUGCCUUGGGCAAUGAUCAGGUGCUCCAGCGUGGCGCUAUGCUGCGUAACACGGCCUGGGUGUUCGGGGUUGUGGUCUACUCCGGCCAGGAGACCAAGCUGAUGAAAAACUCUACCUCGGCACCACUGAAGCGCUCCACCGUGGACAAGCUGACCAAUACCCAGAUCCUGAUGCUCUUCAUGAUCCUCAUCUCGCUGUGCAUCACCAGCGGUCUGUGUAAUCUCUUCUGGACGCGGGAGCACUCGGAGACCGAUUGGUACCUGGGCUUGACGGACUUUAAGAGCAUGAGCCUGGGCUACAACCUGCUGACCUUCUUCAUCCUGUACAACAACCUGAUACCCAUCUCGCUGCAGGUGACCCUCGAGCUGGUCCGCUUCCUUCAGGCGAUCUUCAUCAACUACGAUAUCGAAAUGUAUCACAAGGAGUCCAACACGCCGGCGAUGGCCAGGACCUCCAAUCUCAACGAGGAACUGGGCAUGGUCAAGUACAUAUUCUCGGACAAAACGGGCACCCUAACCCAGAACGUCAUGGAGUUCAAGAAGUGCUCCAUUGCGGGCAACAGCUACGUGCCGGAACGCACGGCAGAGGAGUCGCUGGCGGUGCAGAAUAUUCUGAGUCGCCACCCGACUUCCGCCGUGAUUGAGGAGUUCCUGGUACUGCUUUCCGUGUGCCAUACGGUCAUACCCGAGCGGAAGGACAAUGGCUCCAUCAUCUACCAUGCUGCCAGUCCGGAUGAACGGGCCCUGGUCGAGGGCGCCCAGAAGUUUGGCUAUAUCUUCGACACCCGCACCCCGGAGUACGUGGAGAUCAAUGCCCUGGGCGAGCGCAAGCGUUAUGAGGUGCUGAAUGUCCUGGAAUUCACCUCGACGCGGAAGCGUAUGUCCUUGAUUGUCCGAACCCCGGACAACAAGAUCAAGCUCUUCUGCAAGGGAGCAGAUACGGUGAUCUACGAACGCCUAGCGCCCCAGGGUCAAGCUUACAGGGAACAGACGCUCCGGCACCUUGAGGAGUUUGCAUCCGAAGGCCUGAGGACUCUCUGCCUGGCGGUGACCGACAUCCGACCGGAUGUGUACGAGGAGUGGCGUCAGACUUUCCACAAGGCCUCUACAGCCCUUCAGAACCGAGAAAGCAAGCUAGAGGAUGCGGCCAAUCUGAUUGAGAAUAAUCUGCGUCUCCUGGGAGCCACCGCCAUUGAGGAUCGGCUGCAGGAUGGCGUGCCGGAAACCAUUGCUUCUCUGCUGGAUGCCGGCAUCUUUAUCUGGGUGCUGACGGGAGACAAGCAGGAAACUGCCAUCAACAUUGGCUACUCCUGUCGUCUGAUAUCGCAAUCCAUGGGUAUAAUCAUCCUUAACGAGGAGAGCCUGGACGCCACCCGGGAAGGCAUCCAACGGUACUACGGCGACUACAAGAGCUCCUCGGCCAAGGACGCCAACGUGGCUUUGGUGAUCGAUGGCACCACCUUGAAGUACGCCCUGAGCUGCGAUCUGCGCAAUGAUUUCCAGGACCUCUGCCUGUUGUGCCGCGUGGUCAUCUGCUGUCGGGUUUCGCCCAUGCAGAAGGCCGAGGUGGUUGAGAUGGUGACCAUGAGCACUAAAGCGGUGACCCUGGCUAUUGGGGAUGGAGCGAAUGAUGUGGCCAUGAUCCAGAAGGCCAGUGUGGGCAUUGGCAUUUCCGGCGUUGAGGGCCUCCAGGCGGCAUGUGCCUCGGAUUACUCGAUUGCCCAGUUCCGGUAUCUGCAACGCCUGCUGUUGGUGCACGGAGCCUGGAACUAUGCCCGGAUUUCCAAGCUGAUCCUGUACAGCUUCUACAAGAACGUGUGUCUGUAUGUCAUAGAGCUCUGGUUCGCCGUCUACUCCGGCUGGUCGGGCCAGAUCCUCUUCGAGCGCUGGACCAUUGGCCUGUACAAUGUGCUCUUCACGGCCAUGCCGCCCUUCGCCAUGGGCCUGUUCGAGAAGUUCUGCACGGCGGAGACGAUGCUGCGGUAUCCGCUGCUCUACAAGACCUCCCAGAAUGCGAAGCUGUUCAAUGUGAAGGUUUUCUGGAUCUGGAUCUUCAAUGCUCUGCUGCAUUCGGUGUUCCUCUUCUGGCUGCCACUGGCGGCCUAUACGGGAGAAGUUAUCUGGAGGGAUGGAAAGACUAGCGACUACUUGCUGAUGGGGAAUCUGGUCUACACGUACGUUAUAGUAACAGUUUGCCUGAAGGCUGGACUUAUUACCAAUUCGUGGACAUGGCUAACGCACUUGGCCAUUUGGGGCUCCAUAGUGAUGUGGUUUGCUUUCCUGCUGGUCUACAGCCACGUGUGGCCCACAUUCAACCUGGCUAGCAACUUCCGGGGGAUGGAUAUUCAGCUGCUGUCGACACCAGUCUUUUAUUUCGGCCUCCUUCUGGUGCCCAUUACCACUCUGCUGGUGGAUGUGAUAUGCAAACUGAUACACAACACCGUGUUCAAGACCCUGACAGAGGCUGUUCGGGAAACGGAGAUCCGACGCAGCGACAUCUCCGAAGUGAUGGCCGAGCCGCGAUCUUCAUUGACGGAAACGGCCCGGCUGCUACGUAAUGUCUUUACCCGUCGAUCCAACACGAGAGUCGAAACGGAGCUAGAACUAUCGCAUGGCUAUGCAUUUUCCCAGGAGGAGGGUGGAGCUGUGCCCCAGUCCAUUAUCAUACGUGCUUAUGAUACGAAUCUGCCAAAGCCCGAAGGCAACUAGUCGGACCAGGUAUCUGUAACUCGCCUGUCGAGGACGCGAAUGUAUAUAGAAAUCCCGAAUUCAACGGAACACCAUCAUCAUACUAUAUAUAUAUAAUUAUAAUUAUAAAUAUCAAAGGUACUUAUGGCCAUGGCUGAUUUAAGUGAUUCUAGUUUUAGCCAGAACAAAGUAAAGGCACCUCAGCAAUCACUCUAUUCUGGUAGGCCAAACAACUCGCACUACAUUUAUUCUUUACGUGUCUUAAAGUUUCAGUACUCGAUAACAAGUAACAAAAUAACAUUUUUGUAGAAUUCACCUAGCAUUGAAUAAUACGCAUAUAUUUCUCUAUCUUUGCUGUUAUUUAUUUUGUAAGAUCGCUAACAAAAUAUGAUAGAAAAAACCAAAAAAAAAAGUAUAUUAUAAAGAGGCUAAAAUUUGAUUUGGUCAUUUGUAUCUUAUCCUUGUCCUUGGCGCUGCUAUGUGAUACGGAUAAUGAGACUUGCAUUCGUUUUUUAAAAGGAAAUCUAUCUCUAAGUAAACUGUAAACAUUUGUACCUACAUAUAUGCAUUACAUAUUGUUAAUCAAACACAACAAGAACAUAUUGAUGUCGUCAAAGAUUCUGUAUUUUUCGGUCACGGAACCACUGAUAUUCACAGAAAAUAAAUCAUAUUUCUCGUAU